AUGAAUAGGCUUAAUUUUUUACAGGAAAGGAAGGCUGUGGCUGGGAUAUUAAAAGAUACGAUGAAAUGCAUAUUUAUGGUGGAAGAUGAGACAAGGGUGAAUAGGUAUAUGAAAGCAUGGGAAAUCUAUUGUCAGGAGGUGAGGGAUGAAAAAAGGGAUCCGUGACAAUUGAGAAGCUUGGGGUAUGAGAUAGUGAAAUUUAAUAAAGAAAUGCAGGCUGAUGAGUUCAGAGGGGUUACAUAUAGGAGUCCAAGUGUAAGUUAUGAGAUGCAAGAUAGAUGGAAUGAAAUGAUUUAUAAAUAUAGGUUUUUGCAAGAAUAA